CCACCGCUCGGGUGCAUUGGCUGAGGAGCUUUACGUCAUCGUUGCGCGACGACGCAGUGUCUUCCCGCUUCUCAACUCUGACGACGACAGAGUUGCGCCGGCCUCCGGGUCUGAGAAGAGCGGGAGGAGGUGGCGGCCUCGGGAAGAUCUGGAGACCUAGGCUCGCCACGCCAGGCCCUACCUGAGUUGUGAGUGGAGAAAGGGUGGGAGGCGAGGUCGAUAUAUGUGGCCGGAGCAGACGGUGCCGAUUGUGAACCGGCCUAAAAGGCUGCUCUUUGGCGUAAAUUGCAAUCGAUUAGGGAUCGUUUCUCAGACUCGAGGUAGAAGUGAGAGUUCAGAUUAAGUGAGGCCGACAUUGCUGCUUUGAACACCUCAGAAGGGGAGAAUGGAUUUAUCAGGAGUGAAAAAGAAGAGCUUGCUAGGAGUCAAAGAAAAUAAUAAAAAGUCCAGCACUAGGGCUCCUUCUCCUACCAAGCGCAAGGACCGCUCUGAUGAGAAGUCCAAGGAUCGCUCUAAAGAUAAAGGGGCCACUAAAGAAUCAAGUGAGAAGGAUCGUGGCAGGGAUAAGACUCGGAAGAGACGCAGUGCUUCAAGUGGGAGCAGCAGCACCAGGUCUCGAUCCAGCUCAACCUCCAGCUCGGGCUCCAGCACUAGCACAGGCUCAAGCAGUGGCUCUAGUUCCUCCUCUGCAUCCAGCCGCUCAGGAAGCUCCAGCACAUCCCGAAGCUCCAGUUCUAGCAGCUCUUCAGGCUCUCCAAGCCCUUCUCGGCGCAGGCAUGACAACAGGCGGCGUUCCCGCUCCAAAUCCAAACCACCUAAAAGAGAUGAAAAGGAAAGGAAGAGGCGAAGCCCUUCACCUAAACCCACCAAGGUGCACAUUGGGAGGCUUACCAGGAAUGUGACCAAGGAUCAUAUCAUGGAAAUAUUUUCUACUUAUGGAAAAAUUAAAAUGAUUGACAUGCCUGUAGAAAGGAUGCAUCCUCAUCUGUCCAAAGGCUACGCAUAUGUGGAGUUUGAGAAUCCAGAUGAGGCAGAGAAGGCACUGAAACACAUGGAUGGAGGACAAAUAGAUGGCCAAGAGAUCACUGCUACUGCCGUGUUGGCACCCUGGCCUAGACCACCCCCAGGGUGAUUCAGCCCACCCAGGAGAAUGCUUCCACCGCCUCCCAUGUGGCGCAGGUCACCCCCACGGAUGAGGAGGAGGUCUCGAUCCCCAAGGCGCAGGUCUCCUGUGCGUAGGAGGUCUCGAUCUCCUGGCCGCCGCCGCCACAGAAGCCGAUCCAGCUCCAACUCCUCCCGAUAAGCAGGGACAUUGAUUCGUACCUCUGUAACUUAUGUUCCCCCUACUCAGUUUUGUCCUUUCUCUAGCCAAAUGUGGAUCCAAAGGGAAGGAUCCCACACCAGGGUGGUCUUUGAAGACAGCAGUUGAGAUAUUUCCUCUUCAGGAGGAUUCUGGCUGCAGAGGUACUGUUGAUUCAGGACUGUGCCCAUAGAGGUACCCUGUAGUUUUCUGGCUAGAAAGUUCACCCCUUCCAGUUCUUGAAAGUCCAGUUCAUAGCUGAGAUAGCUGGAA